ACGUACGGCUUCAACAUUUGCUUCAUUCUCCACUCCUCAAUUUCCAUCAUAUAAAUACUCCCAACACACAUUCUUUUUGAUUUACAAGAACAAACACAAACACAAACAUGGCAAUUGGUGUUCUUGCUUUCCAGGGCUCUUUUAACGAACACAUAGCAGUACUGAGAAGGAUAGGAGUGAAAGGAGUGGAAAUUAGGAAGCCUGAACAGUUACAGAAUGUUGCUGCCCUCAUCAUUCCUGGUGGUGAAAGUACCACCAUGGCUAAACUCGCCGAGUUUCACAACAUGUUUCCUGCAUUGAGGGAAUUCGUGAAGAUGGGGAAGCCAGUGUGGGGAACAUGUGCAGGGUUGAUUUUCUUGGCAAAUAAAGUUGUUGGUCAGAAAGCUGGUGGGCAGGAACUUGUUGGCGGUCUUGACUGCACAGUUCACAGGAACUUCUUUGGUAGCCAGAUUCAGAGUUUUGAGGCAGAAAUCUCUGUGCCUCAUAUAGCAGAUAAAGAAGGGGGCCCUCCAGGUUUCCGUGGUGUAUUUAUCCGUGCUCCUGCUAUCCUUGAAGUUGGUCCGGAAGUUGAUGUUUUGGCAGAAGUUCCUGUUCCGGACAAAGUAAAGAAUUCAGACAUAGCAAAGGAGAUUCAAGAGGUGAAUCCUGAAUGUCUAAAUAAAGUGGCUGUAGCUGUAAAGCAAGGGAAUCUGCUAGGAACGGCCUUCCAUCCAGAAUUGACUGCUGAUAGCAGAUGGCAUAUGUACUUCGUAAAGAUGGUAAAUGAUCAAAGUGAGGAGGCCAAGAUCGAGACCGAGACCGAGACCGAGACCUCAAGCAAUAUCAUCAAAUCAGGAGACUCGAGUGCCUUGCAAGAUCCGAAAAUUGAACUCCCCAUUUAUUUGCCUUAGCAGAGUAUUCUCUUAUAGCCUGCUUCUAAUUUCAAAGAUUUUAUUAGGAUAGUCUCAGGAAGAUAUAGUCAUAUUGGAUUCUGCUUAUAAAAUGAAUUAGAAAUUUGGUAUAGUAACUAUGCCUACCCUGUAUUCACUGCCCAGAAUUCCUUGCUUUUAUCAAAAUUUCUGUCAGUAAGUUUAAUGGCUGAAUUUCAACAGCUAUGUAGCA